AUGGUUGUCGGAUCGGUUCUCGUCGCUGGUGGCACGGGCUACAUUGGCUCCUUCACAGCUCUCGCUCUUCUCGAGGCAGACUACAAGGUCGUCAUCGUCGACAAUCUCUACAACUCGUCGCCCGAAGUCGUCAAUCGCAUCGAGCUCAUCUGCGGCAAGCGACCAGCCUUCUACCAGGCCGACAUCACCGACGAAGCUGCGCUCGACAAGGUCUUCGAAGAGAACCCAGACAUUGACAAUGUCAUUCACUUCGCUGCUCUCAAGGCUGUCGGCGAGUCUGGCGAAAUUCCUCUCACAUACUACAAAGUCAACGUCGGUGGCUCCGUUGCCCUCCUCUCCUCGAUGGUGAAGCACAAUGUCACCAACAUCGUCUUCUCCUCAUCCGCCACUGUCUACGGCGACGCCACGCGCUUCGAGAACAUGAUCCCCAUCCCCGAACACUGCCCCAUCGGCCCAACCAACGUGUACGGCCGCACAAAGUCCACCGUCGAGGGCGUCAUCGAAGACACCAUCAACGCGCAGCGCAACAAGGCGAAGAAGGAAGGCAAAGAGGAAGAAGGCAAGAAAUGGAACGGCGCAUUGCUGCGCUACUUCAACCCCGCCGGCGCUCAUCCCUCGGGCAUCAUGGGCGAGAACCCGCUCGGCGUCCCAUACAACCUGCUCCCGCUCCUUGCACAAGUCGCAAUCGGCAAGCGCGACAAGCUGCUUGUCUUUGGCGACGACUACAAGUCCAAAGACGGCACCGCGAUCCGCGAUUACAUCCACGUCCUCGAUCUUGCGCGCGGCCACUUGCAGGCGCUCAACUACCUGCGCGAACAAAAGCCCGGUGUCAAGGCGUGGAAUCUGGGCUCGGGCCGCGGCUCCACCGUCUUGGAGAUGAUCAAGGCGUUCAGCAAUGUCGUGGGCCGCGAGCUGCCGUAUGAGACGGCCCCGAGACGGCAUGGCGAUGUGCUGGAUCUGACGGCGAACCCGACGCUGGCGAACAAGGAGUUGAACUGGAAGACGGAGCUUACGCUGGAAGAUGCGUGUGCGGAUCUGUGGAAGUGGACGGAGAACAAUCCCGAGGGAUACGAGCAGAAGCCGCCGCAAAAGUUCUUGGAUGCGCUGAAGAAGCACUAA